AUGAACAGUCCAGCAAAGGCUGGAAGAGCCGCCUCUGACCUCAGGAGCUGCAGACACACCCUCUCCCCGGGCAAGCGCCUUUUCUCUGGUUUCUGCUCUGCACGCUCCAGCCUCCUGGGCGACUGGACUCCGAGACGGCUCUUCGGUCAAGAGGCCCAGGCGUCUGUCUCCUUACCCUGCGCAGGCCUGAGAACGGCCUCCAGGCGGCACACCGAAGCAGCGCUCAUCUCGCUUACAUCCAACUGCUUAGAGACACACCUCCUGCUCUGUCUGUACAAUACCUGA